AUGACGAGCCGCCUCAAGCGCAAGCUCAAUGACCUCGGUGUCGACACCGGGAGCUCCAAAGCCAACGAGUCCUUCUGUCUCAUCGGCACCCCUCUCCCUCCCCUCGAAAAGUCGAAGGACACCGGCGAGUUCGUGCCGCUAUGGAAGCAAGAGGUCCGCGACGAGAAGGGCCGCCGCCGCCUGCACGGCGCCUUCACCGGCGGGUUCUCCGCCGGGUACUUCAACACCGUCGGCUCCAAGGAGGGCUGGACGCCGGCGGCGUUCGUGUCCUCCCGCGGGGACCGCGCCAAGGCGCGCGCGGUUCGCCCGGAGGACUUCAUGGACGAGGAGGACCUCGCGGAGGUGCGCGAGGGCCAGAAGCUCGUCGACGAGACGGAGGAGAUGGACCUCGGGGGGACCGCGGCGGAGAUGGCGAAACGGGGCGCGGGCGCGGAACAGGACCCCAUCGCAGCCGCUCUCGCCGCGUCGCUCGCGCCCGCGCCCAAGGACUCCGUCGGCGCGCGCAUCCUCAAGAAGAUGGGCUGGCGCCCGGGCCACGGCGUCGGCCCCCGCCUCACGCACGCGCAGCGCAAGGCGCAGGACGCCGGCUUCCUCGACCCGACGAAGGAGGUCACCGGCGCCGAGGCGGAGGACGACGUCGAGGAGGCGAAGAAGCACAUGUACCCCCGCCGCGACGCCCCCGUCCUCGCUGCCCGCCGGAAGGACAACUUCCACGGGCUCGGGUACAGCCCAGGCAUGGGUCUCGUCGAGAGCGUCUCCGGGAGCGGCGGGGGUCCAGAUGCUGGUCCGGGUGGUCCGAGGAUAUCUGCGGGGUUCGGGCUGGGGGCGCUGAACGACGCGGAGGACGACGAUGUGGACGUGUACGAUUCCGCUGCGGGCCUGGCGUCGCGGAGGACUGUGGCGUUUGAUUCCACGCUAGGUGAAGACGACCAGCACAUCAGCAUCGGGUCGAGCAGUGCAAGGAGGGCUGCGGCUCAGCAGCCUAGGGCGCCACCUGGCAUAACCCAGAAUUUCAAUGACGGCACCCCAGUGCUCAAAGGGUUCGUGUUGUCUGACAAGCCAGUGGCAGAAGAUCGAUUGUUCCCACUACCCGACGCGCCCCCAGGCUGGCAGCCCAAUCCGAAGCUCGUCUGGGACAAGGGCGAGGACAAGGAAAAUGUUGUGGCUUCCCCUCCCGUGCCGCCUCCCAUACCGUCUCCCGCGCAGCCGCACGCGCAGUGGAAGGCGAACCAGCUCUCCGCCGACCAGCGCGGCGCCCUCCUCGGCGAGACGCCGCUCCCCGCUAAGACGCGCUCCGUGUUCGACUUCCUCUCCCAGAAGGACCGUGAACGCCUCCAAUCCUUCCGCGCCCGACCCGACUCCGACACCGCCGCCGCUGCCCCGCACGAGCAUCCCACCACCUCCCCGCCCCCCGGCCCUCCACUGCGCGCUCCCGGGGUCGUCCACGUCCCGCCGCUGCACCCGUCGGCGGCGAAGGCGGCGCUGUCGGGCUUCCAGCCGUUCGCGGGCGACGCGACCAAGCACGCGCGCUACAGCGCGUUCCUCGCCUUCCGCGCGGACGCCGCGCGCGAGCACGCGGGCGCGGACGCGCUCGGGUUCGGGCCGCUCCCGGGGCAGACGGUAGGCGAGUUCAACAAGGAGCUCGACGACUAUGCGAAGGCCGCGACGGUCUUCAAGCCGCUCUCGGGCGCGAUGGCAGAUCGGUUCCGGACCGCGGUCGUCGUCGAGAACGGGCCGAGGGUCGUCGAGGGGCUGCACCAGCCGACGGGAUACGCGGAGGACGCGGGCGAGGACGGGGAGAGGGAGAAGGAGAAGGAGGUGGAGGACCCGAAGAUGGGCGCGGUGCGGCUGGGGAUGUUCGGCCCGCUGACGCGCGAGGCGAAGCCGUGGCGGCCGGCGAAGCUCCUGUGCAAGCGGUUCGGGGUGAAGGAGCCGGAGGUGGACGACGGCGCGCAGGGCGCGCAGGAGGGGGGCGCCGACGUCGGGGCUCCGGACACGCCGUCUGCGUCCACCUCGGCCCAGUCCGUCGCGAUGAUCGCAGCCUCGGAGGCGGAAAGCGUCGGGGCGACGGCACCGGGCGUCGGACACCGGGACCUCGCGCACGUCGGGCUUGGGGAGGACGAGACGCAGGGCCGGGACACGCUCACGUACGAGCGCCCGGCGAUGGACGUCUUCAAGGCGAUCUUCGCGAGCGACGACGAGGACAGCGACGACGAGGGCGCGGGCAAGGGUGAGGGCGCGGGCCAGGACGAAAACAUCGACGGUGCUCCUGUCGAGGACGACGUCGACGGCGCGCCGAUGGACGUCGAUGGGGAGAAGAAGGCGGUCCCGACACCCGCGCCCGCGCCGGACGGCCCCGUUGACCUUGCGACGUUUAGGCCGACGGAGGGCCGGAAGGAGAAGGAGAAGGGUUCGGAGAAGAGCAGGAGGAAGGAGAGGAAGAAGGCGAAGGCGGCGCUCAUGUCGUUUGAAGUCGAGGACGACGGCAGCGCCCCCAGCUUUGGACCCACUGGAGACCGGAAGGCGAAGGAUCGCGACAAGGAUAGGGAUAGGGAGCAGAAGAAGAAGAAGCGGAAGGAGGAGCACACCGUCGACCCGCCGCAGCCGCCGCCCGCCGCCGCCGCCGGACGCAGACAGGGGUCGAGGAGGCCGGAAGGAGGCGGGCAGAGGGGACGAAAACGAGCCGUGGACUUCAUGUAG